CUGUCAGUUGGCAUUCGCAUUUAUUCACUUUUGCUUUAUUUAUUUAUUUUUUUCCCGGGGCCAAGCAAGAUGUUGCCCAAGCUGAUCGCUCUCUUGCCCGUCGUCAUCUUCGUCUUGGUCACUGGUGAGCCCGAGGUAACCGAGGAACCGCAUACGGAGCACCUGGUGUCCUUUUGGAUGGGUCAGGCACAGGAGCAGCUGCAGAAGCGUUUGGCCAGAACCAAGGACUCUGUUGUGGAUCGACGCCGCGCCAAGAAUGUGGUGGUGCUCCUGGCCGAUGGCCUAUCCAUUACCACACUCACGGCUGCCCGCAUCCUCAAGGGACAGCGCGGUGGCGGCAGCGGCGAGGAGGCUCUACUUGCUGUGGAACGCUUCCCCUAUGCCGGCCUCAGCAAGACGUACUGCGUCGAUGCCCAGAUACCCGACUCGGCCUGCACAUCUACCGCUUAUUUGGGCGGUGUAAAGACUCGGGUUGGCUGCUUGGGCCAGAGUGCCAGCGGUGAGCCGGUGGACUCGUUGAUGCAGUGGGCCCAGCUGGCGGGCAAGGCCACCGGAGUGGUGACCACCACACGGCUAACAGAUGCCAGUCCCGCCGGUGCUUAUGCCCAUGUCCGGCGGCGUGGUGAGGAGCUGGAGAUAGCUCGACAGCUGGUGGAGGAGGAGCCGGGACGUAACUUUAAGGUGCUCCUGGGCGGUGGCCUGGGCAAAUUUGCCGAAGAGCGGCGGGAUGGCAAGGAUCUGUUGAACCAGUGGCGUCAAUCGAAUCCCCAAGGAUGCUUCUGCCGCUCAUUAGCUGAACUGAAGAAUUGCUCGGGAGAUGGCAGCCUGCUGGGCAUCUUCAGUGAUAGCCACAUGCCGUACCAUCUGGCCGCCACGAAGGAGCAGCCGCGUCUCAGUGACAUGACAGCGGCCGCCUUGGAGAAACUGGAGCAGCAGAGUCGGGCCGAUGGCCAGGGCUAUGUUGUGUUUAUUGAGGGCGGGCGGAUCGAUCAUGGACACCACGAGACGCGGGUUGGCUAUGCCCUGGACGAGAGCCUAGAGUUCGAUGAGGCCGUGGAGACGGCUGUCCGGAUGACCGAUUCCGGUGAGACUCUGCUGGUGGUCACCUCCGAUCAUUCGCACACGCUGACCAUGGCGGGCGGCGCUGUGCGUGGCACACCCAUUCUGGGCAUGGACGAGCAGCAGCGGGACGUGGAUGGUGUGCCCUACAGCACCCUCAACUAUGCAGUGGGCAAAUGGCAAAGCGCCGACAAUGCUGGUCGAAGGACGAGUCCCAGGAAUAAGCUGAGUCCCACCUCCUUUACACCCAGCUAUAUCAAGGGGCGAAAGGGGGUCCAUGCUGGCGAGGAUGUGGCCGUGUUUGCCAUGGGCCCGCAGGCUCAUCUCUUUGGCGGCGUCAUGGAGCAGAAUCUCCUGCCCCACCUAAUGGGCUAUGCUGCCUGCCUGGGCACGGGCGUGACACUCUGCAACCAGGAUCAGCAGAAGCAGAAGGAGCCUUAGGUCCUUCGAUCAUUUUGGUAAAUUGUGUGUUGUUCGUGUGUGUAGUUCUUUCAAAUAAAUACCAUUUUUCAAGGAUAUAUAUUAUGGGGGAUAUAGGGGAUAUGGGAGGGGUGUUAGUAGGGUUUAUAGUAUGGUUUAUAGUAUGGUUUAUAGUAGUG